AUGAGGAUCCGAGAGGGGCCCGUCCAGUGGUUCGAGGCCAACCACAUGGAGAGUGCCUCAUGCAGAAGGGACCGCAAAAAUGACCAGGGCGACUGGAUCACAGCAAACAAGCUGGGAGGUGGUGGGGGCGAAGGCAAAUGGGUCUGGAGGCAUCGGCUUCGGUGGAAACACGCCUCCUCCCUGAAGGUGGCCAACGAGCCCGUCUUGGCGUUCACCAAGGGCAGCCCCGAGCGAGAUGCACUGCAGAAGGCUUUGAAGGACCUGAAGGGCCGGACCGAAGCCAUCCCGUGCGUGGUGGGGGAUGAGGAGGUGUGGACCUCAAACGUGCAGUACCAGGUGUCGCCCUUUAACCAUGGACACAAGGUGGCCAAGUUUUGCUAUGCAGACAAGACCCUGACGUGGGGCGAGUGGGGGUGGUGGAUUCUGGAAGGCUGGGUCAGGGAAAUUGGAGACAUCGUGGAUGCUGCCACCUCUCUCCCCGCCCUCGCAUCCAGGCUUCGGUGGAAACACGCCUCCUCCCUGAAGGUGGCCAACGAGCCCGUCUUGGCGUUCACCAAGGGCAGCCCCGAGCGAGAUGCACUGCAGAAGGCUUUGAAGGACCUGAAGGGCCGGACCGAAGCCAUCCCGUGCGUGGUGGGGGAUGAGGAGGUGUGGACCUCAAACGUGCAGUACCAGGUGUCGCCCUUUAACCAUGGACACAAGGUGGCCAAGUUUUGCUAUGCAGACAAGGCCCUGCUCAACAAAGCCAUUGAGGCCGCCUUGGCCGCCAGGAAGGAGUGGGACCUGAAGCCUGUCACAGACCAGGCCCAGAUCUUCCUGAAGGCAGCAGACAUGCUGAGCGGGCCGCGCAGGGCAGAGGUCCUUGCCAAGACCAUGGUGGGACAGGGUAAGACAGUGAUCCAAGCGGAGAUCGACGCGGCAGCCGAGCUGAUCGACUUCUUCCGAUUCAACGCCAAGUUUGCCGUGGAGCUGGAGGGGGAGCAGCCCAUCAGGGUGCCGCCCAGCACCAACAGCGUGGUGUACCGGGGGCUGGAGGGCUUUGUGGCGGCCAUCUCCCCUUUUAACUUCACUGCGAUUGGCGGCAACCUGGCAGGGGCGCCGGCGUUGAUGGGCAAUGUGGUCCUUUGGAAGCCCAGUGACACGGCCAUGCUGGCCAGCUACGCCGUCUACCGCAUCCUCCGCGAGGCUGGCCUGCCCCCCAACAUUAUCCAGUUUGUGCCAGCUGACGGGCCCACGUUUGGGGACACGAUUACCAGCUCAGAGCACCUGUGUGGCAUCAACUUCACAGGCAGCGUGCCCACCUUUAAAAACCUGUGGAAGCAGGUAGCCCAGAACCUGGAUCGCUAUCGAACCUUCCCACGCCUGGCCGGAGAGUGCGGUGGGAAGAACUUCCACUUUGUGCACCGCUCCGCGGACGUGGACAGCGUGGUGAGCGGGACCCUGCGCUCGGCCUUCGAGUACAGUGGCCAGAAGUGCUCAGCCUGCUCCCGCCUCUACGUGCCUCACUCGCUGUGGCCUCAGAUCAAACAGCGGCUGCUGGAGGAGCACAGCAGGAUCAAAGUGGGCGACCCUGCAGAAGACUUCGGGACCUUCUUCUCUGCAGUGAUUGAUGCCAAGUCCUUUGGUCGCAUCAAGAAGUGGCUGGAUCACGCCCGCUCCUCGCCCAGCCUCACUGUCCUGGCGGGCGGCAAGUGGGACAACUCUGUGGGCUACUUCGUGGAGCCCUGCAUUGUGGAGAGCAAGGACCCUCAGGAGCCCAUCAUGAAGGAGGAGAUCUUCGGGCCUGUGCUGACCGUGUACGUAUACCCAGACGACAAGUACAGGGAGACACUGCGGCUGGUGGACAGCACUACCAGCUACGGCCUCACGGGGGCAGUGUUCGCCCAGGAUAAGGACGUUGUCCGGGAGGCCACCGAGAUGCUGAGGAACGCUGCCGGCAACUUCUACAUCAACGACAAGUCCACUGGCUCGGUGGUGGGCCAGCAGCCCUUUGGGGGGGCCCGAGCCUCUGGAACCAAUGACAAGCCCGGGGGGCCCCACUAUAUCCUGCGGUGGACGUCGCCCCAGGUCAUCAAGGAGACCCACAAACCUCUGGGGGACUGGCGCUACUCGUACAUGCAGUGAGCCCCUCGGCGCCUCCGCCGUCCACCUGUCUGUCCGUCCAGGAGCCAGUGGGUACCCGUGCCUGACCUGAAGCCUUAGAUGCCCAUGUGCCUUUCUCCAGGGCUCCUGCCUGCCCGUGUGAUUCCUGACCGUCUCCAUGUGGUGAGGCUGGGGGGCUGCUGGAGGCCACCUGCCAAGAUGUGGGACAUGCUGGUCCUUCCUGUUGGGGCUGGGAUUUUGGAAAGUGUGGAUGGGCCCAGCCUCCAGGACGGCCACCCUCAGCUGCGUUGGCCUGGUUUCCCUGCGGGAGCUCAGUUCCUACUGGCUGUGGUAGCACAGGCCCAAGUAGAUGUUGCUCCCACUAUCCCAGCCCCCUGAGACCUACCCUAGGUCCCCGUCCUGCCAGGACCUGGGAUUGCCCAUAGAAUCUUCUCUUUGCAUGUGAGUGGCUCUGUGUGGACUGGCCCUCGGGGGGCCUGUUCUUUGCUUGAUGCAGCCAAUUGGUGGACUCUUACAACUAGGUUGGGUUCUGAGUGGCCAGGGAUCUGUAAGGGGUGACUUUGGAGAGCAGUUUUUAUGGGGCCGUAAAAGUGCUGGGCCCUCCUCAAGGACAGCUGUCAGGGGCUCCCCACAGGGUAGGGUGGCCAUUGCCCAAGUGCCAGGACCUCACACUGGGCCAGCGGUCAGGGAUGAGUGCUGAUGCCGCCUGGCAGGGUGCGGGUUCUGCACUGUUUCCUACAAGGCACCAGGUCAGGAGGCUGGGUGGGUGGGGUGGAGAUGUUCCUGGUUCUGCUGGCUCUACACUGUGAGGUGCCAUGGGACUCGCCCUGACGUCACCCAAUAAAAUACCUGUGACUUAAUCAAAUCGGUCUUUCUGGUUGGGGUGGGGGACAGCUUCUAAGUCUGAUGGCAUUGCCAGCGUGUCAUUGGGUGUGAGGAGCGCAGUGCCCUUGUGCUAUGGAAGGAAGGGCAGGCACUGAUGUAUGGGAAAACCUGCUGCGGUGGUGGGAGCUCUGGAGCCAGAUGGGCUGGGUUCAAAUCCCAGCUCCAAAAAGCUGUGCAACCUCUCUGGCCUUCUGUCUCUUCACCUGUAAGAUGGGAAAAGUAAUAUAUGUGAUAUGUAUACCCACACAGGUUGUCAUGAGAAUUAAAUGAGUUAAUCAAUGUAAGUGUUUAGAACAACGCCAGACACAGAAUUCAUGGUUCGCCAAUGUUGCCCAUUUACCCAUUGUUGUAACAGCCACUGUUACGUGCUGUGAUAAGUUUACAUGCCUGGAUAUUUUAGCUAAACGUUAUUCUAGAUGUUUCUGUGAAGGUGUUCUUGGAUGAGAUUAACAUUUAAAUCAGUGGACUUUGAGAAAGCAGAUUACCCUCCAUAAUGUGGGUGGGCCUCAUCCAAUCAGUUGAAGGCCUUAACAGAAAAAGGCCGACCUCCCUUGAACAAGAAGGAAUUCUGCCAGGAGACUGCCUGUGGCCUCAACCGCAGCUCCUCCUGGGUCUCCGGGCUGCCAGCCUACUGGCAGAAUUUGGAUUUCCUGACCCCACAAUCUUGUGAGCCAUUUCCUUACAAUAAACCUGUCUCUCUGUGC